AUGUGUACACGUCAAGGGCACUUCCAGGAUAUCCCCCCCACAUUUUUCACUGGUGCAAUUAUGGGGGCCAUUACUGCUGGUGUAACACGCCGACCGAUUGUUUCUGGAAUAUUAACCAUUUCCGGCCUUUGUACAGCCGUUCAACUUGUCUGGAAUGAGUUCUCGAUGGGCUUCUCGCGUCUUACGUCGACGUAUUACAACGGCUCAGCUACCAAGGCAGAUGUUUCAAAUUUACCCAUUACGAAUGCAGAGCGACGUGAUGCUCUUGAUUCUCCUACGGAGCCUAAAUUGAAGUCUCUGACAUGGCUUCAAAAAUCUCCUGUGCAGCCCAUUACUGAUGAUGAGUAUCGACAGCGUCUCCUAGCACGACAAAGAGAAAUUGACGCUGAACUAAGUAUAAUUGAGGAAGAAUUACUACAGAGGCGCCGAGCACUUCAAGCUAUGAAUGCAUAG